CCGGGUCGAUGGGGGGCGGCGGGAUCCCCCGGGCUGUGCUGGGCAGUCAGGGCACAUGGUCCCUGCGGGCCGUCCCUGGCCGGCGCUGACCCCUCUAACCGCAUUGCCACCUUCGUGCGUCGGACCCUCAGACACCGGCCCCUGAAUUGUGAGAUUUAACCCGGAUUGAAUUGUUGGUUUUGGCCAGUCUCGAGCCCCCCCCCACCCCCGUCCCUUCCCAAGCUGCGCGUGAGGGACAAUUAGCGUCGCCUGCUCCCCACAUGGGCUGGAUAUGGCCACCAGACUCCUCCUUGUUUUUGUGGCUACAGACUAACACGGCUACCCCCGAUAUCCGGCUGCAGGAGCUCUCACCCCCACAUCUGCUGUCUCCUGCCCAGCACUUUAUCCUGUCCCCCAGCCCCCCCAGUUCUCUGCCCACCCAACCCCCCUCAGUUCAGUCUCCUUCCCCCAUUGCCUCCCACUGCCCUCAGUUCACCCUCCCAGCACUCACUCCAUCUGCCCAGAACCCCCAUCAAUACAGCCCUCCCCCUCCUCACUGCAGCCCCCAGUCUCACCUCUGCUCCUUAGGGUUCUUCACCCUCCCCAGACCUGGAGGGGGAGCACUGCAGUGGGGUCCCCUCUCCCACUUCCCAGGCUAGCAGAGGAGCAGCCACCUGGGCUGACAGCUGGAGCCCCAGUCACGCCCAGGGUGACUGACAGGAUUUCAAGACUCCUGCUGGAAGCAAUGCAGCCCCUCGAGGUCAGGUCUGUGUUUGAGGCUGCCCAGGAUCCCACCUUCCUGCAUGGCCUCUCCCUCGUCAAUUGCUCUUCAGAGGACCUGCCAUCUACAGACUGUAAUGCCAUAACGCAAGAGAAGCCAGUGGUGGCCGAUGGGGAGGAGAGAGCCCAAGGGGUCCCAGAGAUAUCGGACCGGAUGUGCUGCUCAUCCUGCUCCCGGGUGUUUGACAGCAGGGAGGAGCAGACUGAGCAUUACCGCCUGGACUGGCACCGCUUUAACCUGAAACAGCGUUUGCUGGGGCGCCAGGCACUCACAGCAGAGGAGUUUGAGGAGAAGACCCGUGCAGGUGACGUCUCCAGCAUCUCUGGGUCCGAUUCUGAUGACUCCGAUUCGGGCAGCGAGUCCGAUCUGCUCCCUCCCCGAGAACACACAGACCCAGGGAGCAGCCAGCAGAGCCUCCGCCCAGGCACCCGCUCGGCUAAGGUCCUGUUCCGCAACUCUCAGGGCCAGCUGCUCUCCGCCUACCGCUGUGUGCUGGGCAGUAAGAAGGGCGGUGGUGAGCAGCAGGCAGAGCUGGUGGCAUCUCUGCAGAGCAUGGGCACAGGAACCUGUUGGGUUAUCCUGAUGACAGGCGGUGGACACUUCGCAGGAGCCGUCUUCAGGGGGCCUGAGGUGCUGGAUCACAAGACCUUCCACCGGUACACGGUGCGUGCCCGCCGGGGCACGGUGCAAGGAGUGCGCGAUGCCCAGGGCCAGGCCUCCAUGCCCAAAUCGGCCGGCGCCUCACUGCGGCGGUACAACGAGGCGGCUCUGCUCAAGGACAUCCAGGACCUACUGGCCAGCUGGGUUCAGCAUCUGCAGGGAGCCCAGCGCAUCUUCCUGCGUGUCCCCUGUGCCAACCGGGCACUGCUCUUCAGUGGCAGGAACCCCCCUCUGCACAAGGACGACCCCCGCCUCUGCAACAUCCCCUUUAGCACCCGCAGAGCUACCUUCAGGGAGGUGCUGCGGGUGCACGCGGCCCUGGCCACCCUGCAGGUGUAUGGGAAGGACACAGUGAUAGCGGAUCUUGCUGGCUUCCCCCGGAAGGGCUGGAGGAAAGUGCCAUGUGCGCGGGUGGAAGAGCCCCAGCAGGGUGACGCCAGCUCCCUGUCGGAGGAGGAGGAGGAGAGCCAGGCUGGGGAGCUGGAGAUGGUGGAUGUGACGCUGAGCACCCUGCAUCUCCGGGAGUUUGAGGUGACACCUAAGCGAAGCCGCAAGAAGAGGAGGAAGAAAGACAAAGUGGGGAGAGAAACGCCCCUGGGCCAGCUCCGCGACGCCCUGUUCACGGCCUGCAAGACGGGGGACGUGGGGACGCUGCGGCGCCUCCUGGGUGUGGCAGAGAGCAGGGCACCCCCAGCAGGCAGCGAGGAUGGUGCCAUGGGGCAGUCCCAAGGCCACCCUGGCAGGGUGCAGAGUGAGGGCUCGGAGCCCAACCACGCAGUCCCUGGGCUCCUCUCGCUGCUCAGCGAGCCCAUCGACGGGACCGGCUUCACCCUGCUGCACGUGGCGGCUGCGGCAGGGAAGGGGGCGGCUGUGCGACUGCUGCUGGAGGCUGGCGCCGACCCUGCGCUCAGGGACCGGCAGGAGCGGCCCCCAUAUUGUGUCUCUGCUGACAAGUCAACACGCAACGUCUUCCGCAAGUUCAUGGUGGAUCACCCAGCCAAGUAUGACUACGGGCGGGCCAAGGUGCCCGGGCCCCUGACGGCGGAGAUGGAGGCCAGGCGGCUGGAGAAGCAGCGGGCACAGAAAACGCAGCGGAAGCAGCGGGCGCAGGAGCUGAGGGAGCAGCAACAGCGGCUGGCGCAGGAGCAGGAGGAGAAGCGGCGCUUUGCGGCCCUGCCAGACCGAGAGAAGAGGGCCCUCGCUGCUGAGCGGAGACUGGCUGCCCAGCUGCAGGACACAGGCGCAGCUCUCGCCAACACCAGGCGCUGCUGGCAAUGUGGGGAGUCCCUGCUGGGCCGGAUCCCCUUCCACUACCACGACUUCUCCUUCUGCUCUACGGCCUGCCUGCAGACUCACCGCCGGGGCCGCGCCGGCCCCCCCUAGUGCCCGCACCGCCGGGAAGGCAGGGGGUUGCCACGCACAAGGGGGCUUGUGUGGAAACGGACAGUCGCCUCCUGCCUGCUGGGGGGGGGAGGGAGAGGUGCUGGGCACUCCCGGGGGGGCUGAGCCUCCUUCCCAGCCCAGGGGGCAGCCCUCUGCCUCAAGGGGAAGGGGAUCAGAGCCCAGGCUGGGUUGAGUGGGGGGACGAGCACCACCCCUGGGGCAGGAGCGUCACAGUCACACAAGGGGUAGGGCCCUGUUUUGGGGCAGGGGGAGCAGGCUGCAGCUGGGGGAGAGGAGGGACCAGGCAGCCUUGCCCUGAGGGCACAACAGUGGUGCUGUGCAAACCCCUGAGGGGCUCCGGCUCCGGCUCCAGCUCCCUGUGGCCCACGAGCCAGGGAGUGGGUGGUUAGUGAGGGGCAGUUGGCUCGGAACAGGGCCCCCCAUGGGCAGCAGCUCCUUGCCUCUGGUGGGAGCUCGCUGCAGCACCACGGCCCCUGCCUGGCACCUGUUCACCCUCCCCUUUACCUGGGGGGUGCGCUGGCCCCCUCCCCUGCUCCGGGCCUGGCAUAGCUGAAGUGACUGACUCAGGCCCCUGCCCUGCAGCUCAGUCCAGCCUGCAUCGGCUCUUGCAGCUGGACCCGGGGAAAGUGGGGAGGUGAUAUAGCCCCCCUGCUGCAGACAGGUGCCCAGUUCUUCCUCAGGGUGCAGUACCUUGACCCCAGUACCCUGAGCAAGCCCCCCAGUGGCCCUUGUGUGCUCCCCAGGGCUCUGACCCCAGGCUCUGGCUCAGGGCAGCUCGGCCGGCUGCCCCGGGCCCCCCAUGGUCAGUCAGAGCUGUUCCCGGCCCAUGAGGUUCGCUGUGAACCAUGCUGGGGCAGGCGCAAUGCCAGGGUGACAGAACACGCCAGACAGGGCAGGGAAGGCACAAGAUUUUUAACGGGUAAUAAAAUGUAACUCUUGGUGCCCAGCCUCUGGGGCAUGAGCCGGCAGGCAGGAAACCAGCUCCCUGGCCGUGCUGCCUCCACGCGCCCCCCACCCCAAGCACACGGCUGCAACGCACCCCGAACCUGGCAAUAAAGGGCAAGCUGCCGGCAGUGAA